UGAAACCAACAACAUGUCACAAGAAACUGGCAUCAAAAUUUUACGAAAAUUGGUCAUUGAUGGGCUAUUCCUAAUAUUACUAAUAUCUGUUAUAAUUAUAACAAGCAACUUAUGGGUGCCGUAUGAGCGAGGGUUUUUCUGCGGAGACCAGAGUCUAAUGUUUCCUUACAGAGAAGACACAGUGACAGUGACAAUGUUGCGAGGGUUUGGGCUGGGAUUGCCUGUACUAGCGUUUCUGAUCUGCGAAUGGGUGUAUCUUCGUAAGGAAGGAAGCAAGAUCUGUCUGAUAAACGUGUCCGUUCCUGUAUGGCUGGUAGGAUUCUACUGCGUGCUGACUUCCUUCGCAUUUGGUGCCUGCUUCAUUGAAAUUACAACCAACAUUGCCAAAAAUGUUAUUGGAAGACUACGACCACAUUUCUUUGAUAUAUGCCAACCUUCAAUAGAUUGCAGUCUCUUGGAGUGGCAAAACAGAUACAUUCUUCCUCAAGAGUAUGUCUGCCAGGGAACGAGAUUGGACAGGUUCAAAGAUAUGCACAUGUCGUUCAUCAGCGGUCACUCCUCGUGGUCAACCUUCACCAUGGUCUACUUAGCGCUGUACCUUGAGAAACGCAUGAGUUGGAGUGGCACUCGCGUCGUUCGUCACACGUUGCAGUUCAUCGCUGUUAUGCUGAGCUGGUUCACGAUGCUGUCCAGGGUUUCAGACUUCAAGCACCACUGGAGCGAUGUACUGGCUGGACACCUGAUGGGACUGGCAUUCGCUGUGCUCGUGUGGACAUGGGGAACAGAUUUACUUGAACCGAAGCCGAAACACACCCCGCUACCGACGUCGCCACAUAAUCAUGAAAUCACUUGGAUACCCAACCAGCAAACGUCCGAACCGGCGUGAUUGCUAUUAAAAUUAUGUAGGAGUUAUAAAUUUCAUUUAAAUGAACCUUUCAUUGAAUUGAUUGUUUCAAACAGUCGGAGAAGCAGUAUUCGUUUUUUUAAUUGUUUCUUAUUAUAACGUUGUUUUUCAAUUUUUGACCGACACCGAGGCUUUUGACAGCCUGGAUAUAAAAGGCAUAAAAGGCAUUUAUUUUUUCAAAAUUGAUUCCUUUAGAAUUCUUUUUGAUGUCAUUUCUAAUAACUACUAGAUACUACUACCGCUUCGGAAACAAAUGGCGCUCUGAGAGAGAAGAAGCGGCGCAAGAAAAUCUCCCAGCAUUAUUUUUUUUGCGCUCUUUUCAAUAAAAAUAUACAAUAUUGUACAGUCAUUUCUAUCGCUAUAAAAUAAUCACAAUCUAGUCCCAGGCUGUCCGAGUAUUUAGAUAUUCAGCAGUGGAGUAAUAGGAUUUACGACUGAGCCAUGUUUUUAUAAAACAUUUAAUUUUUUUUAUAGAUAAUGCCUGAACAGUGGCUGGGACUUUAUCAUAGAAGUGUAUACAUUUACCCUUAAAGCUAUUAUGUAUCUUAUGAAGCCUACUAGAAUUAGUUACAAGCAAUCCCUUAUUUCUAGUAUUAUAAUAAUGAAAAUCACUAUUAAGAGCAAAAAGGUGACGAGUUUUGUGAACGUAUAUUAAAUUUAAAUAAAUGUACUGACAAUGAACAGUCAUAAUAUUUAUUUCUUUAAAUUUUUCUUUGAAUCCUCUUUCAAAAGUAAUAAGAAUAAAGUAUGCCUUACUUACGGAAUGGAAAACAAUUUAUCUGUAACUUAAUAAACUAACUCAUUAUAGUACCUUCAACAAAUUUUAAUUCUACUCAAAAAGAAGGCAAGGCUUAUGGCUAAGCUUUCAAGCAAUGCAUUUCGCUGAAACAUUAUGCAGAAGUACGGAAAGUGAUUGAAUAUGUAAAAUUGGUAUACCGGGUCAUAACGCUAUCGGCCGUUCCCAAUAUACUAUAUACAGAUAGAGAUAAAUUACUACCUUCUACUGUCAGUAAUUAGCUGUCAAUAAUCUGAAGCCGUCCACACGAUAAGUAAUUCUUAUCGCCUUAUAUCGGAACGCGUGAAUUGCAAUUUCCAUACAAACUUCUAUCGCUCUAUCGUAUAGCUUAUACGUCGUCCCAUUGACAGACAGCGUAUACGAGAAGGUGAGUUACCGUCGAUAACAGGGACAGAAAAGUCAACCAUAGUUACGAUUUUUUUUCUCAAGUAGGCCACAACCGGAGAUAGACUGAAUAUCAGGAAUGGCCGUUAGUCGAGAGGGUAUUGUCAAUCAUACAUCAUAGUCAACAUGCGUUGUGAAAAAGACAAGUUUAAAAACGAUAUUAUAUAAGUAUUUGUGGCCAUAUAUGAUUAUUUAAGGGAGAAAAAAUUAUGUAACUAGUAUCCCCCCUCACCGCACACACACUAGCAUAACGGUGCUUCACUUGCUAAUAUCACGGCGCGGAGUCCUUCUUUUUUUACUCGUCCGUGUCUAUAACAUAGACAUGAGUAACCAAUGACAGAUACUGAAGGAAAUUGGUGGGGUUGAAAAGUAUAGUAAAAAUUAAUAUGUUUGUUAUAUAUUUUACUAACUAGUUUUAUUUUUAUGAAAAUAAGGGACAAGACGACCAGGACGUUGAGCUGAUGGUAAUUGAUACGCCCUGCCAAUUACAAUGCAGUGCCACUCAGGAUUUUUGAAAAACCCCAAAAAUUCUGAAUGGCACUACAACUGCGCUCGUCACCUUGAGACAUAAGAUGUUCAGUCUCAUUUGCCCAGUAAUUUCACUAGCUACGGCGCCCUUUAGACCCUUUAGACACAGUAAAGCUUACACAUUACUGCUUCACGGCAGAAAUAGGCACCGUUGUGGUACCCAUAAUCUAGCCGGCAUCCUGUGCAAAGGAGCCUCUCACUGGUAACUACUAACUAGUUUUCAACUCGUAUAAUAUGAUUCAAAUACUUUAAUAAUAUAUAUGAUAUGACUAUUUUGAUUACUCAUCAAUAAGGCUACUGGAAGCCCAAGCGCUGGCAGCUAUCUCGGUCAACGGAUCAGCCUAUCUAUCCAACGCGGAAAUACUGCCAGUAUUUUUGCUACGCUAGACACAUAAUGAUAGUUUUAAUUUUAUGUAGUAUAGUAUUGUAAAUAUAAUUAUAAGAUUUGUUUAGUUUGAAUAAAUAUUUUUUUUUGA